AACAGAGAUACACAAGGUACUGAAAAUUUCAACUCUUUUCAUUAGUAAUACUCUGAAUGUUUACAGUAUUAUAUACUAAUCAAUAAACGAUUUUUCUGUUUUGUUUAUUUUCUAAUAGUUCUGACAGAUAUCUAAUAUCACAGGAACUCAAAGACAAACUAACUAACCCUGUAUGUGCUCCACAUUUUAACCUCAGCAACCAGAUAAUAUUGUUGAUCCUAAAUCCUCUACUGGAGAGUCUUCAAGUAUUCUUGGUUUUGUGAAAGGACCAAUAAUGUACAUGGUAACCGAUGACUUGGUUGUGAUUCAAAUGUCGUCCAUUUCUGCUGUUUCAUAUAUCAAUACACUAAAAGUACCACUUUUUGACUUGGAGGAAAGGGUCAUUUCAAUUGGUGUGAAGGAGGGUCUUGGGAUAUUGAAAGCUUCAUUGACCUCAACAUUUGCUUUGACAGAAGGUUUGAAACACUUGAUAACACCUAUUGAAGAGAAGAAUGGUUCAAUCACUUCCAUAUUGUUUGAAGUUGUAAAAAGGAUUCUCACCAACUGUAAUUUUGACCACAAUGUUUUUGGACUUUCCAUGGUUGUAUCACCAAAAUUGUGGUGCCAUUCGCUGCAUUUGUCCAAAGUUCUCUUCCAUGUCAAAGAUCACAACAAAACUAUUAUUUCAAAUGCAGUUUAAAUCUUGGGUGAUGGAAUUUGUGUUCUUCAAAUUCAGUUCUAGAUAUAUAGGAGACCUAGCUUUUAUAAUGUUAUUGUGCUUUGUGUUUGGUGAAACGCGGCUUAUCAAAUAUAAUGCUAUUAACAGUUACU